UUAGUUCACGUUCGUAUAAAUGUCGGGUUGCCCCAGAUUUGUAAAGUUUCGAGGCUUUGUUUAGCGACCGCUUUUGUAAAUAUGGCUGAACUUCCACCUGUUCCUACUACGUACCGUGAAAAAUUAGCGCAAUUCAAGAUUCUAGAGGAGAAGAGGUUCGAGCUGAUCGAGGAGUUGUUGGAGAAACUCGAAAAAACCGAGGCCCGGCUCACCCAGACGGAACUUGACCUCACCUCAGAACAAAGCGUCCGUCGGACACUGCAGGCGGAAGUCGCUGAAGCAAGAGCAUCGUUGCAAACCGAAGUGGCUGGAGCGAAGACGAGAGAAGAGGCUCUCGUUCAGAAACAGUCACGGCGACCGUUCGUCCUGGCCCUCAUAGAUGCAGACGCAGACGGCUUUCUUUUCCAGGACAAAUACAUCACGCGGAAAGCGCAGGGUGGUGAGGCUCUGGCCGACGAGCUGCUCAUUCGGAUACGAGAAUAUCUUCGCCCACUAUACGAAGAUGCGGAUACAUUGGACAUAAUAGUACGAGUGUAUGCCAAUCUUGAGGGUCUGGCAAACUUCCUCGUACGACAAGACAAAGUCCGAAACCUUGGGCAGCUCCGCGCCUUCUCCACGGGCUUCUGCGGUCGAAUAUCCAGCUUCGACUGGAUUGAUGUAGGCGUUGGUAAAGAAGGCAGUUCAGGCAGGAAAGUACGAGAAAACCUCUCCUUCUACACAUCAAACUCGCAUCUCCGCCAUGUAAUCCUCGGUUGCUCACCAAUCGACCUUCCGCCAUCCCUCCUCUCAACCCUACCACUCGAGAAAGUCACUCUGAUCGAAUCUCUACCGAUACCCGCUGCCUUCGCAACACUUCCGCUGAAGAUUACGAGAUUUACAACUUUAUUCCCUCCACCACCAGCACCCAAGCCAACACGAACACACACACAAGGACGCGGCAGUGCGCAACUACAGCUCAUGCAACAAGACGAUGAUGCAGGCGGAUCCACAUGGCUGGUCAUUCAACCCGAGAGAAGUGGAAGCCAGGGCCGUGAGCGGGAGCGGGAGCGUGAACGCGAACGCGAUCGGGACAGGAAUCGGGACCGGAGAAUGAGAGGGGGGAGCGAUGAUGAAAACUCAAGUCUUAGUAUCUCGAUUGGCCCAGAUAACACAGUCAAUGUUGAUAGUGGGCGGCGGCGACGAUUGAUGGGCUAGUCUUGGUAAAUAAGAACAAGCACGUAGGAUUCAAGGGCCAUGGCAGGCUAUGGCACAUUAAAGAAUAACACAGUACUGAUAUUACUUGGCGAGCCGUGCGUUAUGUUUUGUUGUCUUUUGAGCGCUCCACAGGUUGUAUAUCUUCUGCCAUCUUCCAAGAUACUGUAGAAUUGAUUUCGGUCUAUAUACGCCAAAUCGAAAGUAAAUGUACAUUGCACUGUGUGUUUGUAAGAAGCA